AUGUAUAAGCCGCAAGGAAACUGCCAGGAAAUGACCGGAAACGGAACAAUCAACAAUGGUCUGAUCAUAGCCUCUGUGUCAGAUGGCAACGGAAGUGUAUACGACACCUGUCGAGGUCAAAACGGGACAAUGAAAAUGAACUACACUAGGAUAGCAGGUGAAAUAUUUGACAAAAAUGGCGAGAUACGUAUCCCUCUGUACUGUCUUAUCUUUGUUCUGUCUCUGACUGGUAACUUGCUGGUCAUUAUCACACUAGCCCAGAACAGACGGAUGAGGACUGUCACGAAUGUGUUCCUGUUGAACCUAUCCAUCAGUGACCUGCUUUUGGCCAUCUUUUGUAUGCCUUUUACACUGGUACCGCAAUUAAUGAGACAGUUCAUCUUCGGCGAGUUCGUCUGUAUUGCAAUCCGUUAUUUUCAAAGUGUCUCGGUGGGUGUAAGCUGCUUCACAUUGGUGACAAUCUCAUCAGAGCGUUACUUUGCCAUCUGUCAGCCGCUCCGGUCUCGAAGAUGGCAGACAGUGUCCCAUUCCUACAAGAUCAUCGUGGCUAUCUGGCUCGGCGCCCUUACCAUCAUGAUUCCCAUCGCCCUGGGGACAAAGCUGUAUAAGCUGAGGACAGGUUCUUAUGCCUGUCGCGAACUCUGGGAUAACUUGGUCUUCGAGCUUGUCUAUACCAUAGGUCUCGUCAUUGUCCUUCUCGUUAUUCCUCUCAUCGUCAUGAGCGUCGCCUACGGUCUCAUCAUACACAGGUUGUGGGUUGAUAUACGCAAUCAGACACAAAGUUCGAGUGAGUUAUCAACCCCUCAACGCUUCGUUGGAUUCAGCAGAACGUCUAGCAACAGCGAAUCAGAACUGCGUUCCUUGAAGAGUAUGGGCAACGGUUCUGACUAUACGACAGGCGGGCAUGUUAGUUUGAGACAGAUAAACCCACAUACCAAUGUAUCAAACCGGAAACGCGUCAUCAGAAUGUUGGUAGUGAUAGUAAUGGAAUACUUCAUGUGUUGGACGCCGUUAUAUGUAAUAAACACUUGGAUGAUUGCGGAUUAUCCUACCAUACACGAGCGUAUGUCAGCAUUAGGAUGGUCGUUGAUACAACUGCUGGCGUACACGUCCUGCUUUAUUCAUCCUAUAACGUAUUGCUUUAUGAACAAGAAUUUCAGGAAAGGGUUCCUGUCGGUGUUCCAGUGCGAUAAAGGUCAACGUCGGAGGACACUGAUCAUUCGAAAUGGAACAGAGGUCAGCUCUAUGCCAUCGCUAUCUACACAUUCUCCAAUGGUCAAAGAAAAACUGAAGAUGGAGGUCUUGUAUAGCAAAGUGUCCCCAGACGACUAA